CAAAGCUCUUGCUGAGGGGAAAACUAGUGUUAAAAGGUUGCCCGUCAUGGUUAUUGGACAAGACCGGUCAGGAAAAACCAGUUUAAAGAAGUCACUGAAAGGGCAGCUUUUUAACCCGGAUGAAGAUAGUACUGUGGGAAUUGAUGUUGAUCCUUCUCACUUCAAGGUAUCAACUGAGACUUGGAAGGCAGGGGAAAAAGAGCAAGAAGGCACAACAGCAUCCAUAUCCUAUGAUUACCAUACAGCACAGUUGAUUGCAAGCGCCUUGAUGGUUGAUAACCACACGUUAAAGGAAAAAGCGACGGGGCUAAUUGAGCCCGAUGUAUCAGCUUUGAUUCCUCGUUUCCCUUCUGGCGAAAACCGAGAAUCUAUAAAAGAACCUGGGCACUCCAUCCAGGCUGGAAGCAGUGGAGAACAACCAAAGAGUGGUUUUGAACCAGCAGAUAGAGUGCCAGAAGAAAUAGCUUCAUUGGUCCAAACCUUACUUCAUGAAGAAAAGAAUGUAGAAGGUGAAGAAGGAAUCUACGCUGUUUUAUGGGAUUUUGGUGGUCAGUCAGUUUACUAUGUCACCCAUCCUCUCUUUCUUACAUCCAGAGCUAUUUAUCUAUUGGUUUAUGAUCUAAGCCGAGAUCCCUACGAAAAAGCAACGCCUCCUGAUAGGGGAGGCAUGUUCAAGUCAUUUCAAGAUAACUUCAACAUGAAAACGAAUCUGGACUAUCUAGACUUCUGGAUGACGUCCGUGGCUUCGUUGGCAACUGAAGGUGGAAACCGCCAAGAAAGCACUGGCUGUAAAUUGUUGUCGGAGAAUCUUCCUUGUGUGUUCCUAGUGUGUACACAUGCUGAUCAACCUCAUGAUGGUGCAGAUCCUCGAGCACUUGCAAGUGAGAUCUUUCAUGUCCUGCAAAAUAAGCCGUAUAGUUCCCAUUUGUACGAGCGUGUCUUUGUGGUGGACAACAGCAAGUCUGGCGGAGAAUCUGAGUGUCCAGAAGUACAACUUCUGCGUCAAACGGUACGCAGUGUUGCCGCGGAACUGCCGCAGAUGAAGGAUGCCAUACCUAUUAAGUGGCUGCAAUAUGAAAAGGCACUUCACGUUAUCCAGGAAGAAGGCUACCGAUGGAUCUCGUUCCAAAGAGCCAAACAAGUCGCCUCGGAAAAGUGCAAAAUUGUCGACGAUGAGGAGUUUCUGACGGUACUUAACUUUUUACAUGACCAGAGAAUUUUAAUUCAUUUUGAUGACUCUCCGCAGUUGAACAAGCUAGUAAUUCUGAACCCUCAAUGGUUGAUUGAUGUGUUCAAGAAGGUAAUCACUGUGAAGCCGUUCGACUCCGAGGAACGAGAAUUUAGACACUUAUGGGAAAAGCUUGAAAAAACAGGAGUCUUGGCGGAAAAACUUCUGGAACAUCUUUGGGGUCCGUUGUUGCAACAAGAGGAAACGUGUGAAAGCCUUGUUGCCAUCAUGGAAAAAUUCAGCUUGAUGUGUCUUUUGCCGUCAUCGGCCCCUUUAUGUGACAAGCAGUACCUAGUUCCAUCCAUGCUGAUGUCACAUCCUCCUGGAGGCGUCAUCAAGCUUUCAAAAUCCAGAAAAAAUCCAUCUCUUUUUCUUAAAUUGCAAUCUUGCCAAAUACCUCCCAGUCUAUUCCCUCGGCUCGUAUUGCUGUUUUUGCAGUGGUGCACUACUGAAUUCCAGAGCACAGAGGACCCUAAAUUAUACCACAACUUUGCCCGGUUCUUUAUUUCUCCGAAUGGAGGUUGUUCUGUUAUCUUUCUGUGUCGUUCAUCUUCGGUUGAGGUUGUUCUCCUCGGUGAAAGAGAGAAUGGAGACUUACCAGAAGAUUUACAGUCAAAAAUGACCUCAUUAAUUGAUGAAAACCCAAGCAUUGAUCCAUUUAUAGCGCACGUCGCCCGAUCUGUGCGUAGGCAGUUGUCUUUGAUAUUCGAGUGCAUGAGAAAAGAAUUCUUUUGGUUCAACAGCAUUAGACAUGAGGUGUGCUUUCUAUGUCCAGUAUGUUCCCAGGGAGGCACUAUCAACUACUGUCAAACUCAUCGUGCUCAGGGUUGCAUGCAAGAGGAAUGCCUUCACUUUUGGUCAGAGUCAGAGUUGUUAAGCAGCCCAGAAGCUGUCAUUUGUCGUGAGUCUGUCGAUGCUGUGAAAACCAUAAUCAAGUUGAAGCAGUUUGCGCCUUGGUUGAUGCAUCCCGAUGAAAAGGAAACCUCAGGCGGAGCGUGCCUACUUCUGCCAGCUGUGGAAGCACACGAAGAGGAACAUGAGGAUAACGGUCUCGCUUUACCUCCCGCCCUCGCUUUAACUCCUGCGGUUCAAGGCACUCUUCGCUCGCCGUUGUGUGAUGCUGGAGAUGUUGUGAUUCGUUUUCAAAAGGAUCUGGACUUAGAUCAAACCUCACUAGAAAGUCCAAAUGACGAUACGAAGAUAAUGAUACGCCGUUUGGCAAGAGGAGCAAAAAUUUUAAAUAGGCUGGAUGUGGUAAAACACUUGAGGAAAGUUUCACCUGCUGGGAUCACAGGCCCCUUACUACCUGACAAUCUCGAUGUUCAGGAUGUUCCUUUACAAAAAAUCAGAGAUCUUUCUAUGAGUUUGUCAGGCGGAGACGAGUGGAUGAUGGUGGCCGAGAGACUGGGACUGUCUCCAGCAGAGAUUCGGUUCCUGGAGAGGCGGUCAUGUAACCCGUUCGAGGAUGCUUUGGUGCACUGUCGGAAUCACCAGUAUCUGACUGUUGGAGAGUUGUAUGAUGUUCUAGUUGAGUGUGGAUAUCCAGCAUACGCUGACUUUUUGUGA